GAUUUUCAUCCAAAUCUAUCUCCAUGCUCACCCACCUAGUCUUCAGCUGAUUUCAUACACUACCCAUUGUAUACACCGCAGUCAAUAAUACUACAACCAUUCGUAUUUCUUGUCAUUUCAUCUUCUCCCCCUCCCCCUCCCCCUCCCCACUCUCGAUAUACUAUAUUGGAAGAUUAUGGAGCUCGGCUCAAAUGCUCAUUGGCUCAUUAUGCGCUCAAAACUCCCAUCACAAUUAUAUUUGGAUGGCUACCGCAAUCUAUUUCUAUCUAAUCGCCGUACCGGUGAUUUUUCAUUCUUAAUCGUUCAUAAUGCCUCCAAUUUAUGAAAACUUGACUGGGCCAGUGCCUAGAAGUUGGAUACUUUUGCAGACAAUCUGAUCCAACAUAGGAGAGGUAAGAUCGAGGCCCAUGAGCUGCGCCGUUGCGUUGCAGAUAUCUCCAAGAUUCUCAUUUGCAAUCCUAGCCAUCCCCCCCUGGAUCUGGAUAGCUUCUGCUUAUCGAUGCCAGGAUAAGUUUCAACGCGAAUACUCUCCCACGUUUUUAACCGUGCCUUGUGAGAAGACGCUGGUCGUUGACAUACAAAAUGGAAGUCGCGAUGAGAUAGAGUCCAGCUACCCCUGCUUGUCGUGGUAGGAUUCUGAUUUCUAUUGAUGAAACCCUCCGAAAUAUUCCUUUUUUUUUCUUUUCUACAAAUGUUCUCAUUCUUAUCUUGUAUUUGCCAAUUCAGCCAUUCUCGGCCCUCAUGUUUGUUGAACAACCGUCAUGAAAAUACGGUUCCAUAAUGGGCUACUGUUCGCUUUAAUUGUUGUACUAAAAGUCACAGCCAGUCCAUUGAAUGGUGUACCUGAAGAUCAGUUGAAGUCAGAUAGGGUUGUUCCCUCUCCAUUGGUUAUACCGGCUAGUCAGUACUUUGACGGUGAUGAUGGUGAAUGGUCUUCUUUAGCAUUGAGAGUUGGGAGCCCCGCACAAGAUGUUCGAGUAUUGGUAUCAACAAAUUCACCACAGACUUUAGUAGUUUUGCCACUUGGUUGCACUUCGGCAGCUAUAUCACCAGUACCAAGCGGUUGUGCGAAUGCUCGAGGGGGCCUAUUCAACAAUAGCUUAUCCAAUACUUGGGAGGACAUAGGUUUGUUUGGAAUCAACGAGAAUGGUGUAGGAUUCCAAGCAGAUUUGGGGUAUUCCCAAUCGGCAGACUUUGGCUUAGAUUCAAUUGGAUUGGGAUAUGUCUCAGGGACGAAUGGGCCUACUCUCGAUAAUCAAACAAUCGGUGCUAUUGCUACAGCAUCGCCAUUUUAUACAGGAGUAGUCGGACUCGGUACUCAACCAGUAAACUUUACGACAGUAGGAAAUUAUUCAUCCGAGUCGUACUUCUCGUCUUUAUGGUCUCAGAGUCUUAUCCCUAGUCUUGCGUGGAGUUAUACAGCUGGGGCAAAAUAUCGUAUGAAAUUCCUUCCUUUCUCGCAUCCAAGCCCUUCUCAUCAAAAAAUGAUUCAGGACUUAAAGCCGGACAAUAUGCGCAAUUGAUUUUUGGAGGAUAUGAUACUUCUCGAUUUUUAGCAAAUUCUGCGUCCUUCACUCUUUCAUCGGACAUCAAUCGAGACGUCGUUGUGGCAAUUCAAGCUAUAACAUACAGUGGAACGACACAGGCUAGCCUGUUAGAAACCCCAACUUAUGCCUUUAUUGAAUCAACAGAUCCAAAUUUCUGGCUUCCUGAAGCAGUUUGUCAAAAAUUCGAGAAUGCCUUUGGCCUUUCCUUAGACGACAGUACCGGUCUCUACCUGAUUAACUCUACACAAUACUCUUUGUUGAUUUCUACCAAUCCCCAAGUCACAUUUUCUCUAGCGAAUUCGUUGUCAGGUGGUGACAUCGCCUCCAUCGUACUACCUUUCAACGCUUUCGCUCUAUCAGCUUCAUAUCCUUUUGUUCCAAAUGACACUUAUUAUUUUCCGCUAAGAAAGUCAGCCAAUGACAGUCAGAAUACUUUAGGGCGAGCGUUUCUGCAAGAAGCUUACCUCACAGUUGAUUAUGAACGGGGAAAUUUCACUGUCAGUCAGUGUACUUUUGUUGAUGGUGCCACUGCUGAAAUUAGUACCAUCAUAUCUCCUACUUUGGCAGACAAUUCCUCAUCUGUGUCAUCUAACGCUGAUUCUACUGAUCCAACUAAACAUUUAUCAAUUGGGAUUAUAUGUGGUAUUGCUGUGGCAUUAGUGGCCGUUCUCAUUGUUGGAGCUCUUGGUGGGUUUUACCUUUUCCGUCGUCGCAACCGACAUAUAUCUACGGCAGAGAUUGCUCUACGUGGAAUAAAUGGAACAUUCCCUAAGGAUGGUUCUCGCAUGACACCAUCACCCAACCCAUCAUCAAUCCCUCCAAUGAAUCCUUCUCCAGAUCCUUUGUCGAAUCAAAUGUAUAUGCAAGAAGUCAAACCAAUAGCCGAAGCGCCAGGUCAUGAAACACGUGAGCUGGUGGAACUUCAAUCUCCUGAUCUGAACAAUCAGUCAAACUUUAUUCAUUUUACAAAUAAGCCAACAGAAAUAUUUACAAAAACAUCAGAAGACCCUUAUGAAGAUUACACAACCGCUGCGCGCAGAAUAGAAUCUCAAAGAAAAUUUGCAACUUCAUCUGAAAUGGAUGCAGGUUCCACGAUAUAUGAACUUCCUGGAAGUAACCCAUUAGUUGAGAUGGAUGAUGAGAGGAGUAGGCAUACAUUGUCGCCAAGAUUAGCUCCAUCUCCGAAAUCAGCGCAGUUUUACCAAGGACAGACAUUGUUAUCACAGCAUUCAUCAUACCAAAAUUUAUCUCCAGCCAUGUCAGAACAAUCGCCAAGCCCUAGAGUUUCUUCAACACAAGGAAGAAUAUCUCCAUUCGAAGUUCUUACAAAUAAAACGUCUACCCCACAUAUAUCAGAGCCUAGUGGCACAAAACCCUUCUCGUCAACAAAUCUCGAACCGCCCAUCUAUCGCUACAACCCAUUGAGAAGAUCAGGCACAGGUUACUCGGGCAAUUCAGGAUUCUCGGGAAUUUCAGAAGAAUCAACAGGAACACCUCUUUCAAUGACAAGUCCUACUCUUGGUAGACCCCCAUCAAUGUUCAUGAGAGCUUUCUCGAGAUCCGGCAGGCAGGUUUGGAAUAGAGAAUCUGCUCCGAGUGCUCCGUCUAGGGCUUCUUCUAAUGCUACAACACCAGGUGGGCGGACUGGUAAAAAUCCUAAUAAUUCUUGGUUUUUCUAAUGAGUUUCAUUUUUAAUAAUGAUUUUAUAUUCUUUGUAUAUAUUUGUUUCUUCAUUUCUGGGUAUACAUGAGGGAGAUUCUAGGGGCAUUUUAAAUAGUGGAGAUGAGCUCUACUUUCCUACACCCACAAGAUUGAUUAUGAGAUCAUUCGAUGUGAUGUGAACAGUUUAAUUGGGGGAUAAUAUUAAUCUCAAAAAAUGCUACUACAUUUGUAGUAAAUUCCGCCCUAUAGAAGGAAAUACAAAGUUCUGUGA